AUGCCGGCCACCGCAGGAAGAGUGCGCAUGCCGGCGAACAACCGUGUUCAUAGUAGCGCGGCGCUUCAGACUCACGGAAUAUGGCAGAGCGCGAUCGGUUACGAUCCAUACGCGCCGACGAGCAAAGAGGAGCCGAAGACGACUCAGCAGAAAUCCGAAGAUCCAGAGAACUCGUACGCGAGCUUCCAGGGGCUUUUGGCGCUGGCUCGUAUCACGAAUUCGAAUAGCAACGACGAGGCUCGUGGCUCGUGUAAGAAGUGUGGCCGCGUUGGGCAUUUGACGUUUCAGUGUAGGAAUUUUCUGAGCACGAAGGAUGAUAAGGAGAAAGAUCCGGCUGCGAUUGAAGCUGCGGUGAUGUCGGGACUGCAGAAGAUUAGAAGCCGUGCUGGUAGAGGCGGUGAAGGGAAGGCGGAGGAGGAGGAAGAGAGUAGUGAAGAGGAAGAAGAGAGUGAGAGUUCUGAUUCGGAUGUUGAUUCUGAGAUGGAGAGGAUUAUAGCUGAGAGGUAUGGGAAGAAGAAUGGUGUGGGGAGUAGUGUUAAGAAGACGAGCUCAAAGAAGAAGAAGCGGGUUGUUUCCGAUGAGUCGGAUUCUGAUUCUGGAGAUAGGAAGAGAAGGAGGAGGUCGAAGAAGCGGAGGUCUCAUAAGAGGAGGAGUGUUAGUGAGUCAGAGGAAGAGGAAAAAGGAAGGAGUAAGAGGAGAGGAAGGAAGAGAGAUGAUGAUGAUUCUGAUGAGUCUUGUAAUGAAGACGAGAGAAGAAGCGUGAAGAGGAAGAGUAGAAAGGAGAAGAGGAGGAGGAGAAGCCGGCGUGAUCAUUCAGACUCGUCUGAUUCGGAUGAGGACGAUGCAUGUAGGAGGCAGAAACGGAGGAGCAAAGUGGCUGCUUCUUCUGACUCUGAUGUUUCCGGCGACGGUGGUUCACGCGUUGGAAGAGGCUCUUCUAAGCGAUCGGAGAAGAAGAGCAGGAAACGCCAUCACAGGAAAGACUGA